AUGAGGGUAUAUGUAAGCCACUUUUGUAACAAGAGAUAUAUUAUCUUUCAAUUGGGGAAGUGCAAGGAUAAUCCUAGUAUUGCUCAGGAGAUGAAAUUAAUCAUCGAGAAAGAUGGUAUUUUGAUCGUUGGGACGGAUAGAACGCUUGAUAAUAUGAAUAAAAGUGAAAUUGAGGUAAAUGUUCGAAAAGGGAUUGAUCGAAAGUUGAAAGCAGAGGAGUUGGUUAGAAAAAUUGGAAAGGUUGCAUUGUAUAACUCAUUUGAUAGAUUUGCAGAUACACCAUAUGCAAGUGCAGCUAAAAGGGAACGCCUUAGUCAUAUACGCAAAGGAGGAAAAAUUGAUGACAUUACUGUUAUUGUAGCUUUAUAUCAAUUAAGGUGA